UUUGCCCUUAGUGUGGCCUCGGUACAACAUUUAAAGGUAAACGUUGUGCGAAAAUUAUAGGUCGUGACGAAAGGAACCUGAAAACUGGCCUUCAAAGUGAUUGCAGUGCGCGUAAUUCCCCGUUUGCAACGAUUAGCAAACAUGUCCAUGGUCAUUCGUUGACACUUUGUCACCUGAUUGGAGGGGUGUGUGGUUAGCGAUCGAACAAUUUGCCGUUAGUUUGUUAGUAUAUCCGCGACGGUCAAAACUGUUUCCAAGUGGAUACCAGAGAAAAGAAUCCCACGGUAUCAAAGAUGAAUUACGACGUGCUGUUAAACCGUACGGGGUUCAGCAAGUUGACUGUGACACCACAACACUUCCGCAGUGUCUCCGAAGGUGACUCGCGACAGCGUGAACCUACUUCCGGUAGUGGGAGCGCCGAUGGGGGGAAAGUUGCUGGAAGAAAAAUAUCGCUGCCACAACACGCGCAGCGCCAGGAGUCACUGUCCGCUUCAUCAAGCCCGAUGCGUGGAGGGCCCAUGAGCAGUUUUGCCGCCGGUGGUGGAGCUCCAGGCGAAGAGUUCAAGGGCAAGGUAGAAUCGAAGCUUUUGACUAUGUGGAACAACAUGAAGUUUGGCUGGAGCUACAAGAUGAAACCAAACUUCUCGAAGGAGCAGCCCCUCUGGUUGCUCGGCCGUUGCUAUCAUCAAAAGACGACCCCCGUUGCGUCGAUGGAAAGCUCCGUCGAACUCGGCACUGCCGGACCGGAUGGGCAGUUGAUGGAGCUUCGAAAUGUGCCCACCGUCUACCUGACCGAGGGGACCAACUCGCCACCGGAAGAAACGGGGACGGAUGCGAUUGAGGACAGCAGCCCGGAAGCCAUUAUCGAGGAAGAAGGGAUAGAUGCGUUUCGACGGGACUUUAUUUCUCGCAUAUGGAUGACGUAUCGGCGCGAGUUUCAGACGAUGGACGAUUCAAACUACACCUCCGAUUGCGGUUGGGGUUGUAUGAUCCGUAGCGGUCAGAUGCUGUUGGCGCAAGGCCUGGUGGCGCACUUUCUUGGCCGCAGUUGGCGCUGGGACGUGUCCAUGUUCCUUGCAUACGAGGAGAGCAUACAUCGGAAGGUGAUCCGUUGGUUCGGCGAUACAUCCUCCAAAACGAGCCCUUUUUCAAUCCACACCUUGGUGGCACUGGGAAAGGAAUCUGGCAAGAAGCCUGGCGAUUGGUAUGGACCGGGUGCCGUUGCACAUUUGCUACGGCAAGCGGUGCGAUUGGCGGCACAGGAAAUUACCGACCUUGAUGGUGUUAAUGUUUACGUGGCGCAGGAUUGUGCCGUCUACAUACAGGAUAUAAUUGACGAAUGCACGGUGCCAGCGACACCGGCCGGUGCACCGUGGCAACGGAAAGUAAAUACACAAAUAAGCACAUCGCAUGGAACCCAUCAUCUCAGACAGGGUCGGACUUCCCCAGUGGGGCUUCCGGACGAAGGGGAAUCCCAGUCCACUCAUUGGAAAUCUUUGAUACUUCUCGUACCGUUGCGGCUAGGAACGGACAAACUAAACCCCAUCUACAACGAAUGUCUCAAGGCGAUGCUCAGCCUAGAGUACUGCAUCGGUAUAAUUGGGGGACGUCCCAAGCACUCGUUGUACUUUGUUGGCUAUCAAGAGGAUAAACUGAUACACCUCGAUCCCCACUACUGCCAGGACAUGGUGGAUGUGAAUCAGGAAAACUUUUCCGUUGCAUCGUUCCACUGCAAAUCGCCACGGAAAAUGAAACUCAGCAAGAUGGACCCCAGCUGUUGUAUUGGGUUUUACUGCGAGACGAAAAAGGAUUUUUAUAAGUUUAUCGACAGUGUGAAGCCGUUUCUUACUCCCGCGCCUCAUUCGAGCCCAGACGUGGCAUCAUCAUCGUCUGGUUCCGGCUUGGCAACGGGCGCAGUUAACUAUCCAAUGUUUGUAUUCUGUCGGGGGAAAAGUAGUGAACAGCGAGCCGAUCUUCCCGGGCACCAACAACAGUAUGCGCAUCCGACGGCUUACCGAUCACCGCCGGUGCAAAGUUCGGCUCCCGAAAACGAUGAUGAAGACGACGACGAGGAAGACGAGGCUAUCGAAUUCGUCAUCAUAUAACAGACAUGUCUUACAAAGGAAGGUGGCUUCGUGUAUGCUGCCAUUGUCGCCCAACAUGCUGCCAAGGGUAUAGCAAACGGAUGUACGUUUAUGAACUAUAAGCUAGCUUUUUCGGAUUCCUUAAUGUUACUCUAUGAAGUAACAUUCCAUCAUCAAACAUUGUUUCCAAUGAAUCAUUACGCAAAGCAAUUUAAGAUACGUAAAUGAGUUCAAAUUUACAGCGAUUGUUGAUUAGUUCAAUGUGCCCUGGGUCAAUCGUAAAGAACAAAAGAUUUGGUACUUAUAAAUUAUUAGAAUGCAUACUGUCGAACAUCUCAGUAAAAGGAGCAAAGCAUCGCCUUGUACAGCACACCGUUAUUAUCAGCGUGUGGAUACGAUUACACUACAAGAUUGGCUAUUAUGUAUUACGAAGACUGUACACAUUUUACGACCAGCGAUGCCUUCCAAUCGCUUAAGAUGCGUAUAUAAGUAUGUUAUUAAUUUAUGCGAUUAUGACUAAUUUAUUUAAUCUGAUUUGUUGUUCAUUUAACUUGUUUCGGAUUUGCUUACCGUUAGUCAAUUCUAGAAUUCGUACUUAUUUCAAAGAUGCAUGGAACAAAGUAAAACACUAGAACAAUAUCGUUUAGGCUUAGUUUAUUUUUCAUACAAGCAACAAAUAUACGCUAACUAAUAAACCGA